AUGGUCAACACCGAACUCCUCUUCAAGACGGCAGCCGCGCUGGACGUCAUUUCCAUUUUUGGGCAUACGUUUAUGGGCUUCAAGAUAGUCCAUCCGGCACUCGGCACCAUCCCCACGGCGGCAAGUCGUGACAACAAAGUCGGCCAACGCGGCGCCCAGGGGACGUGGAACUACUUCAACGCGUCGCUGGUGAUAUCCGCCGCUCAGAACUGGCAGUGGGCGCGCACCGGAGGGCCACAGACGACCGAGGAGAUGGUUAUGCUUGCUGCCACGGUCAUCAUGGGAUUCGCGAACUCGGUCCGUUAUGUGCAGGUGGCCGAAUACGCGCCGUUGGCCUGCUUGUUUGUCGCUCCGCUCCUCAGCCUGGUCGCGACGCUGAAGGGCAACUAA